GUCAUAGGCGGAUCUUUUUGUAUUAUGUAGAGAUGUUAUGUGGCUGCCAUGGGUAGUCUGUCGUUUCCUUGUCAGUUCAUUUUAUUUCUUUAUUUUCUUUAUCUAUUUUAUUUCCAUUCUUCAUUCAUUCUCUCGUCACACGGCAUCAAUCAAACAUUGGGAUCAUCUGAAUUGCGUGGAUGAGUUUUUGCCUUGGCCCUCCUUGCCUCCUUUGGCCCGCUUCAACUGACAGAAAUAAACUACCCAGCAAAUAAUAAUAAUAUAUCAAAUAAAAAUACCUCCGAAGAAUGCAUGUCUGAUUUCCAUCUAUCUCCCGAGUACGAAGAAGACAGGGGUAUAGACAUACAUACAAUUUUCAAAUUGUAUACGAUCUUCUUUGUUCGGUUAGCAAAUUACUGGAUCCUCGUGCUACAUUAUGGGCCCAUGGCUGAUCUUCCUGUUCUGCCUUUUUUACCCUCCCCAUCCGAAACAUGUCCCAUCAUGAUCAUCAUCGUCAUCGUCACCUCGAGCUUCUUGUCUUCCGGUCCAUUGGUUGGUUUGGAAAUGCCUUCUUUCUGCCUCUUGUGGAACUUGCGCCCAAAUACAAAUAAGGCAAGAGGAUAAAAUAAAUAAAAUAAAGGAUUGCAAGCCUUGAAACACUAGUAGUAGCUUGGAAUGGAUGAGACCGUUU